GGAACCACUUUCCAUUGUUCCUUCCUGAUGACAGUGUAUUCAUUCCUCCUGCUGGACACACUAUGAGACUUAGAGUGUUGAAAAAGACUCUGAUGGACACCUUGAGUAACAUCAGGGGCAAGACAAUAGUGGAUGUUGAAAGGGCUGUGUUUAUUGAUGCACAUGAUGCAGGACAUGAAAGAAGCAACUUAUACAAACAAAUUCGUGUUCCCAGUAAAGAAGCCAUGAUACACCAUUACAGAAUAUUCCCAGGGAAAUCCCCUCAAAAAUGGUCAGACUACUUUGAAAAAAUCUGUGAUACUAAUGACAAGUGUGAAAAAUUCAAUGCCAGUCAUCCAACAGCACAAGUUAAAUUUAUCAGAAACAGGAACAUGUGGAAGUUCUCUCAGCAAUUGACAAGCAAAGUCUCUAAACUAGUUGCAAGUUUGCCAAUCCAGUGCAAAAUAUCUUUUAAAACCUGGGAAUUAGAUGCAGAUUACCUGGAAAGCUGUCAAGAUUGGACUGUUUUGACUGGAUAUAUUUGCUCCAAGAAUCCCUAACCUGGAAUGGGGGGAAAAAGUCACUCCUCAGUCUGUUUUCCUGGCCUUUGUUGUUAUCACACAGCAUCCUGUGAGAUAUUUUUGACUGUGCUAAUAAUAAGUCUUCAAGAUUUCAGUGGAUGCAAGUAUGAAAAGGGCUCAUAUCUUGAGUGUUUUGAUCCCAAUCUGGGUCUUUGUUGUGAUAUUCUUGAGCAACUCAGACCAUGAAGACUUAUUACAGCACAUUUCAAUGCUACCCAAAACCCACCAAAUCCAUGAAAUCAACAAUUGCACCUUAGUUUUCUGCAAUGCCUUCAAGGCUCUCAAUCAGAGCACAAAAAACAUGGCUGCUGAAUAUUGGGAACAUAUCUUACCUUACAAUGGAAAUUCCUCCAAUGGCCAAUGGCAGCCAGUACUUGGCAAAAGUGACAAAUCCUUUGUAUUUUCUGCAUUUUAUGAUGGGAUUGACAAUGUGAUCAAGGUGGUGGCCAUAUUGGACCAGAACAGUUCAGAAGGACUUCUGUGUGCUUACUUUGACAAAGACUUGGAACCCAUUUACCAAUAUUUCAACAAAAGUUAUACGGUCAAAGCGUUUCCCUCAAAAUCCCAAUUUUAUGCUCCCCAAGACUCUGGAUUCUGGGAACUUGUCAUCUUAUGUCCCUAUGUGUCUCAGACUGUGGAAUAUGUGUCAAUUUUUGAAAAGACAAGAUUGGGGUUGAGUCCUGGAAAUUUGCUGAAGGUUUUGAAGCCAGUGGGCCUCAAUAAUCAAACAAGGUCAGGGGUUUCUGUCUGCUCAAAAGUCAUGAGCAGGAAUUUCAAGGAUGUUGUGCAGAUCAUAGAAUACAUAGAACUGCAUGCUGUCAUAGGAGUGAGGCUCUUCAUUUUCUAUGUCUACAGUUGCAGCAAACAAGUGGCAUGUGUGUUCAAGCACUAUGCUGAUCAGGCCAUGAAGUUUUUCCAAGAAAACCAAAGUGAAGUGCAAGUGCUGGUGACUGAUUAUGAGUUCCCUUACACUUGGUUUGAGUCUGUAGAAUUUGGUCCCUACAGUGCCUUGGCAGACUGUUUCUUCAGGUCUCAGGCCCUGGGGAUGAAGUACACAGCUGGUCUGGACUUUGAUGAACUAAUAAUCCCUGGUGAAGACAAAGCUCUUGACCAAGUGCUCAACUCCAUGCAGCAAGAGUUCCCAAAUGGAGGAUCAUUCUUGUUCUUUUACAGAAAGCAUUUCCCUUUAUUCUUUCCUGAUGACCAGGAACACCCAAGGUUCCAUGAUGAUGAAGGACUCAUGGAAAUUCCCCUGAGGCCUCUGAGGAAGACCUGGAUGGACAACUUUACCCAGUUGGUUGGCAAGUCUGUGGGGGUCAUAGAGAGGACACUGUUUGUUGGUGUGCACUAUGUGGACUUCUUCAGACACACCAAGUUCCACCAUGUCUGGGUACCAUGGGAGGUGGGGCUCAUACACCACUACAGACACCUUCCUGGUCUGAGUCCCAAACAGUGGGAAGACUAUUUCUUGGGUACAAUGAACCACACAAUACACCUAAACAAGUCUGGGCAUGAGUUUGUGAGGGUCAGGACAGCUUGGAGGUAUGCCUCUAGAUAUUUCUUUUGGUUCAUCUUGAGACUCAAGACUGGUGUCAUGGUGGUGAGUGAUGAUGACCACAGAUUUAUGAGAAGACCAAACCCUGGGGCCUGCGUUUUUAACUGGAGCAGAAGUGGUGGUGGUGGUGCUGCUGGUGCUGGUAUUGGUGGACCACAAUGGUUCAGUGUCAGGGUCUCUGGUGGACUCUCUGAUGGAAGGCAUGGUUAA